GGAGCAAUAUAAAUCAAGUACAAAAGACAGUAAAUCAGGACACUAUAAAAGGAACAUGAGAGGCUGUGGGGAUGACAGAUCAAGAGCUGGAAACAAACAUCAGUGAAGAAUGAAGGCUUUAGUAUGUAUACUGCUGCUGUUGGAAACCUUUGUGUUUGUCGUCCAGCAGCAGGUAGAUGGAGGACUCAAUGAGAAUGAGAUCAGUCAACAGAUCAGCUCUGAGGACGGAAGACAGAAUCCACCUCAAACAGACACUUUGAGAGCUGAAGCUUCAACUGACAGCCAACAAUACUGUAAUCUGGGCAUCCCUGACAUCCAUGCAGCACUGAGAGAACUGACCGCCACCGUUACAGAGCAGAAAGCAAACAUCAGAGAACUGACCGCCACCGUUACAGAGCAGAAAGAAAAGAACAGAGAACUGACCGCCGCAGAUACAGAGCAGAAAGAAAACAUCAGAGCUUUAGAGACGCAACUGAGGGAACAACAGAUGUUUAUCCUGGAAGAGCUGAACAAGAAAAAUGAUGAAAUUUCAAAUCUUACUCUGAGUCAAGUGGAGGAGUUGAGAAAGGAAAAUAGAGACAGAGAAAUAGCUUUUUCAGCUGGACUGAUGGAAUCUGGCAGUGGAUAUAUUGGUCCUUUUACCACUGAAAUCACACUAACCUACAGGAAAGUCUUCACAAACAUAGGGAACGCCUACAACCCAGUUACAGGUAUUUUCACAGCCCCACUGAAAGGAGCGUACAUGUUCAGAAUCUCUAUAUAUGGUCAUGGUGGAACUGGAGCAACUGUAUCCAUUAUUAAGAAUGGACAGCACAUGGUUAUGGUGCAUGGGGAUCAGGCUCAGGGUACGUUAAACUCCUCAAAUGGAGUUGUGUUGAUCCUGGAGGUUGGAGAUGUUGUCUAUGUGAGACUUUGGUCUGGCAGGAGGAUAGCAGAUAGCGAGAAUAACCACAACACUUUCAGUGGUUUCCUACUGUUUCCCUUAAGAGAACAAGAGCUUUGCAGAAUGUGAUUCCAAUAAUUCUGAACCUUCAGCGUAUAAUUUAAGAUGAAGCUCAUGAAGAAUCAUUAACAUAUGAAACUGUAUGAAAUAAGGACUAAUGUGUGUUUGAAAUUUGCAAUAGAUUACUGUAUAAAAGUCUGAACUGUCUAUAAAUGUAACUUUAAUGUACAUUUAAUGUAACAAAACACUUUUGAGUCACAUGUGAGAUUAAUUUGUCCUGUCUGUCUCAGUGCUGAAACUGUUUGUUUCAGCACUG